AUGGACGACACUACAGUACUUUUUCUUCAAAUUUCUGCAAUGAUCAUUGGAGCAAUUUGUAUCAUUGGAAAUGCUUUGGUUUGUCACAUCAUCGUUAGACUUAAAUCCAUGAAGACGUCCAUGAAUUACAUCAUACUAAACCUUGCCAUACUUGACGCCAUGACUGGUUUCUUUGGAAUAUGUUUUGUCAUUACAAGCGAUAGCAAUGGCAUCCUUGGUCCACCAGUUCUCGAACGGGCAUACAAUCAGAGUAACACUUWAGCUGAAGUACUUUGCAAAUUUGAGUGGUCUUACGUUUUUUGCAUUUCUGUUUCGCCUCUGUUGCUGACGGCAAUGGCGUUCGAAAGAUAUAAAGCUAUUGUCCACCCUCUCUCAACACUUGGCGGAGGCACAAAAGCAAGGCUUAAAUGGAUUUUGCUUAUCUCGUGGCUUACAGGAUCUGGUUUUUAUAUCGUUGACAUCAUCACUGUUCAAUACAACAGCAAAUAUGGUGUUUGCAUGUACAAAAUCUAUCCUUGGUUUAAUAGCAAAGCUUAUUUUGGAGUGUUUGUUAUUGUGCUGUCUAUUAUUCCUUCCAUUGCUAUGACUGGACUCUAUAUUCGUGCAUUUUUUGCUUUAAGAACAACAGACGAAAUGCUUGAGAAUGAAACACAAAGAGCAAGGCAUAAAACGAGAAAGAAAGGUUUAAAAGUAGCCAUUUUAGUGACAGUUAUAUUCUAUAUCUUUUGUGUAAUCCCAAUUCUUCUUUUUGGUGUGAAUGAGUUCUUUGAAUUUUUUAAUCUCGUCAGGAAUGAUUUGAUGUAUGCAAUUACUUCAUUAGCUGUAACGUUUAACUCUGCAAUCAACCCUUUUAUAUAUUUUCUCUUUAUCAAGUCAUUUCGCGAUGGCUUUCGCCGUGUUUUCAACUGUCCAAGAGAGCGAAUGGGUACAGUAUUCAGUGAGAUAUCUUUAUCACGUCGUUCCAUUACCCUCGAACGUACUGAUGUAACUGAUUGUUCUAUAGUUCAACCAGAACUUAUUGCAGUACAAGCUAAAGACGAGACGUUAGAAUUUCAAGMCUAG